CUAUACAUGGAGAAGCUUCUAGAUUCUUCUUAUGUAAAAAGCUAUAAAUAUACUAACGGUUUUCCUAUUUUGCUUCUUGCUUCUUGCUUCUUGCUUCACCUAACCUUGUUAUUUGGAAUAUAAUCUUCCUGCUCAAUCGUGUUCUGAUUUGGGGCCUUGUCGAGUGAAUCUGUGACCGUGAAUACUAAGCGAUAGGAAUAGCUGGGUUAUAACCGUAAGAGCGAAAAUAUAACAGUGGCGACGAGGAAAAAGGAAAAUAAAUUCGAUAUGUCCAUAUCAGACGACCAACUUAACCGAAUACUACAACAACAGCAACAACAAUUAGAUGCACAAAUGCGGUUGUUAGAGACUCUGACUCAACAGCUUAGCUUCCACUGCUCGAGUUCACAUGCCAUUUCAAGUACGUCUUGUGAUGCAGUUGCUAGCAGCAUACCAGAAUUCAUCUAUGAUCCCGAAAGCGGAAAUACUUUUCUCACGUGGUUCAAACGUUGGGAAGAUACAUUUAGAAUAGAAUUCUGUAACCAAGACGACGCGUGGAAGACUCGACUGUUGGUACGUAAGUUAGGAAUUAAUGAACAUGCACGCUAUGCUGACCAUAUAUUGCCUAAGUUACCUCGAGAGCUCAGUUUCGAGGAGACGAUAAUUCAAUUGUCAGAGAUAUUCGGUGAAUCCUCCUCAUUGUUUAGUAUUCGACAUCAGUGUCUAAAUUUGGUGAAACGCGAAGCCGAUGAAUAUGGUGUUUUAGCAGACAUCGUCAACAGAGAAUGUGAACGGUUCAAGUUACGCUCGUUGACAGAAGACCAAUUUAAAUGCCUAAUAUUCAUCAAAGCUCUUCAGUCACCACAAGAUGCUGAGAUCAGGACUAGACUUUUGGCUCGACUAGAUCAAGACCCAAACGUCACACUCAGAACGUUAACAGAUGAGUGUAAGCGGCUACAAAGCAUCAGACACGACAACAAGUUGAUUGAACAGGUAAAUCCUAAUUUAACCUGCAGUAGUGUCAAUGCUAUUACUAGGUUAAAAGUUAAGAAGCCGAUAACAACUCGUAAUAAACCAACGACUGCAUGCUGGUUAUGUGGUGAUUGGCAUUAUGUACGAUUCUGUCCAUUUAAAAAGCAUAUAUGUCAGGUGUGCAGCAAACGUGGACAUAAAGAAGGUCAUUGUCCACCGAAUCGUACGUCUCAUCCCAAAAAGAAGCAUAAACGUUCUCGACAUGUGAAAUCAGCCGAGUUUAAAUCUCUUUCUCUGGUAGCUGCCUUUCAAACAAACUAUGACAUUCGGAGAAAGUAUGUUACCAUCCAGAUAAACGGCAUAUCAGCUCGUCUUCAAAUUGACACGGCAUCAGAUAUCACCUUAGUAUCUAGAGAAACGUAUAACUUGCUGGGUAAACCGCCAAUGAAGCCAUCUAAGAAAACGGCCAAAAACGCAUCAGGUGGUGUGCUAAAACUGGUUGGUGAAUUACAGUGUGAAUUUUCCUUCAAUGGAACUAACUGUACAGGAAUAUGUUACCUAACAGAACGGCCAAACCUUGAUCUUCUUGGUCUAGAUAUGUUAGAUAAACUUGGAAUAAUGGAUGUACCGAUUAACAGUGUCUGCAACGUAUUGUGUUCAUCAUUAGACACCCCAGUACUUGCAAAGAAGACAGGUGAAAGGUUACUAGAAAAACUGAAAAGAAAGUUUGCCUCCAUAGCAGUAGACCCAGAAAUACGAAGUAUAGUGGCAGAUGCCAUUCGAAACACUCCAGUGUCGUCAGAUGAAGUCAGAGAAGAAACUCUUCGAGACCCGAUUCUACAAGAAGUUAGAAAGUUCCACCUGGAAGGAUGGCCCACGAAGAUCAGUUCCACAGAGCUUCAACAGUUUUACCAGCGUAGACUCUCUCUCUCAAUCAUCGACGACUGCCUGCUGUUUGCAGAACGUGUCAUAAUCCCAAAGAAGCUACAACCAGCAGUGCUUGAACAGUUGCAUGCAGGACAUCCUGGAAUAAAUCGCAUGAAAGCAUUAGCACGAAGUUAUGUAUACUGGCCGCAUUUAGACACUCAACUGGAGCAGCUAUCCCGUUCAUGUACUAAAUGUGCAUUAGCAACGAAAGCACCGCGAAAAGCAGAGCUGCAAUCAUGGCCAAUACCACAGUCACCGUGGCAGCGUAUACACUUGGACUUUGCUGGUCCACUUCAUGGACAAACUUACCUAUUGGUAGUUGAUGCAUAUAGCAAGUGGCCAGAAAUCUUUCUCAUGGAACACCCGACUGCAAGCUGCACAGUCAGUAAGCUACGUCAACUAUUCAGUCGUUUCGGAGUCCCGGAAUUGAUAGUUAGUGACAACGGAACACAGUUUACGUCCGUAAUUUUCUCACAAUUUUGUCGGCAGAACGGAAUCCAUCACGUCCGAACACCUCCAUUCCAUCCCCAAUCAAAUGGUCAAGUGGAACGCUUUGUGAGUACAUUUAAAAAUGCUCUAAAAAAAUCUAAAGGGGAGGGGACCACCGAAGAGAUCUUAGAGAGGUUCCUGCUUAUUUAUCGCUCUACACCGAACCCUCAGACGAUUAAGGGGGUCUCUCCAGCAGAAGCUCUACUUGGCAGAAAAAUACGAACACAUUUCGAUGUCAUCCGUCCUACGCCAGCUCUUGAGCCUCAACGAAACCUAUCUAUGGAGAAUCAGUUCAAUCGACAUCAUGGGGCACAAAAACGAUUGUUCACGGUGGGACAAAAAGUACUUGCUAUGGACUAUCGUGAGAAACAUCCUACAUGGACAGCUGGUCGGAUCUUGAAAAAGAAGGGGAGUGUGGUUUAUGAGGUGUCAGUUGGCUCAGAAGUUUGGGUACGUCAUGCUAACCAAUUGAAAGCAACUUCGAUAGCCAGCAACGAGAUUCAAUAUCGAUUACCUCUUGAUGUUCUGCUAGACACCUUUGAAAUCAAAACGCCUGGAACAGACAGGUCAGUUUCUGUGCAAGCAAAGAGUGAUACUUCUUUAUUGCCUAGACGAUGGACAAAUCGAAAGCACAGGCCAGUCACUCGGUUGCAGUUGGACCCUAGCACCAGAUCCUACGAAUCUGCUCAAAGGGGAGGUGUUAGUGGGACAUAGAUUGGAUUUAAGCAUGCUCAAUGCACGAUUGCUUUGGCGCACGCUGAUUGGCUGAUUCUUAUCCAAUCAGCGCUAGUCUAUACAUGGAGAAGCUUCUAGAUUCUUCUUAUGUAAAAAGCUAUAAAUAUACUAACGGUUUUCCUAUUUUGCUUCUUGCUUCUUGCUUCUUGCUUCACCUAACCUUGUUAUUUGGAAUAUAAUCUUCCUGCUCAAUCGUGUUCUGAUUUGGGGCCUUGUCGAGUGAAUCUGUGACCGUGAAUACUAAGCGAUAGGAAUAGCUGGGUUAUAACCGUAAGAGCGAAAAUAUAACAUCAAGUAAGCGAA